UCAGAUGUCUAAAUGUAUUGUGUUGAUUUAGUUUAUUUUGGCAACGGCAAGCUAUAUCAGAACUGAAUUGCAGCGUUCUAAUUUGUUGAACUUGUGCUGGUAUAAACAUGACAAAGAACCAGCAGAACACUACUGAUCUAGAACGGGGAUGGGACUUUUUGCAGCAAGGAAUCACAAAGCUGAAGAACAUUUUAGAAGGGUUUCCAGAGCCACAAUUCAGCUCGGAGGAAUAUAUGAUGCUCUAUACGAGAAUUUAUAACAUGUGCUUUGAAAAUCCCCCUUGUGAGCAGCAAUUGUAUGACAAAUACAUGGAGUCGCUUGAAGAGUACAUUACUUCAACGGUACUGCCUCCACUGAGAGAAAAACACGAAGAAUUAAUGUUAAGGGAGCUUGUGAAAAAGUGGUCAAACUAUAAAAUCAUGGUCAGGUGGUUCUCAAGAUGCUUCAGUUAUCUUGAUUGGCACUUCAUUCCUAGGAGGUCGCUCCCACCCCUCGAAAAAGUUGGUCUCACUUGCUUCAGAGACCUGGUAUACCAAGAGUUAAAUGCAAAAGUAAGGGAUCAAAUUUUAUCUCUGAUUGAUCGAGAGCGAGAAGGAGAGCAAAUUGAUCGUGCUUUAUUGAAGAAUGUAUUAGAUAUAUUGGUGGAAAUUGUAAUGGGGCAGAUGGAGCAUUUUGAGAAGGAUUUCGAAGCAGCAUUGCUCAAUCAAACUGCAGCUUAUUAUUCUCAGAAGGCUUCAAGCUGGAUAGUCGACGAUUCAUUUUCAACCUAUAUUUUAAAAGUUGAGAAAUGUUUAAAGAAGGAAAAGGACAUGGCUUCUCAUUGUCUUCAUUCAAGCAGCGAGACUAAGUUUCUUGAGAUAGUAAAGCAUCAGCUGUUAUCCGUUUAUGGCCCCCAACUAUUGGAGAAGGGGAUCUUUGCUGGUGAUAUCUUGCAUAGAGAUGAUAAGACAAAGGAUUUUUCAAGAUUGUACAGGCUCUUCUCCGAUGUACCUCGGGGUUUACUGCCUGUUGCUAAUCUAUUUAAGCAGUAUGUUACUGCUGAAGGUACACUGUUGUUUAAACAAGCAGAGCACGAUGCAAGCAACAAUAAGGUUUGUAACUUUAUUUUCUAUUAACUGAUAUUUUCUUUCUUUUUUGU